AUAUCUUUUAUAUUUUAGAUAGUUAAUAUUUUAGUUUUUAUUUUAUUUUAUUAUACAUGCAUGAAAUUCAUCAUAAACUCAUAACUCCAGAGAACGGUUGAAAAUUUAGAGAGAACUUCAUAUGAUUCAAUGAUUUGUUGUUCUUGUGUUGCUGAAUCAUAUACAUAUUCCUCUGUCAUCGGCAAAAACUCGGUUUAAAUAAGCUCAAAAACACUGCCAUCGGUAGUUACUGCAACACAUUUCAUUUUCUUUUUUCCUCUCAAAAUCAAUUUGCCUUCCAUUUUUUCUCAUCAUCAUCAUCUUCUUCUUCUUCUUCUUUCUUCACAUCCAUUGUAUAUACAGCCAUGAGGCAAGGCUUAAAGCAGAAACAAGAGAUCUUUAGGCCUGGAACUGUGGUGCGGAAAUUGUUCAACAUCAGUCCUGUGGAGCCCGAUUACGGUGCCGAUUCUGAUGAUGGCGACGAGAUUGAUUCUGACUCCGAAACCCAAGAGACACUUGACCGUGGCUGUUGCACAGAAUUAACGUCAAGAAGGGACACUGAGGAAGGGCCUCACCCUGAUUCUAACGAUGAUCUUCCAAGUUUAAGGAGAAGAAAGUCAGAGACAUUUAGGGCACAGUACAUAAACACAAAGGAAAUAAGAAUAUGCGUUGGUACCUGGAAUGUUGGUGGAAAGGUUCCAUCUGAUGACCUUGAUAUUGAUGAUUGGAUUGAUAUGAAUGAGCCUGCUGACAUCUAUGUGCUUGGUUUUCAGGAGAUAGUACCAUUGAAUGCUGGGAAUAUUUUUGGUGCUGAAGAUAGUCGCCCAGUUCCAAAAUGGGAAAACAUCAUUUGUGACAUACUCAAUAGAAUUCGACCUGCAUUUACCAAAAUAAAAUCCUAUUCUGAUCCCUCAUCCCCGUCGACGUUCAAGGCGUUCGACGAUGUCCCAACCAUAGAAGAAGAUAUAAUUCUCGAAAGCGAUAGCGAUAUCGGUGAAGAAAUUCAUACAUUAGAUGAAGAACCUAAUGGUGUUGAUGAAGCCAAUAAUGGUGCUAAACUUGAUAGGCCAGUAGCAGAACAUGAUUUGCUGAGGCAAUAUUAUUCUCCAAAGAGGUUAGAUAGAUUGAAUUGCUUGCGGAUGGAAGAUUGUGGUGAAAAUGCCAAGGCCUUAAUGAGUAAAGUCCGUAGCGGGUUCGGACAAGGUCGAAAACUAAAUAGAAUGCUUAUGAAGACCGAAAGGAUCGGUUUCAAGUGGCCUGAACCUCCAUUAAACUUGCUAUCUCGGCGUGUUUCGGGGCGACCAAAGGCUUUGAAGCGGACCAACAUCAAACGUUUGGAAGCAAUCAAGUUUGUUCAACCAGAGAGUACAUGCAAGUCCAUAAAUGAUAAUAUUGCAUCAGAGAUAGCUGUGCUUGAAGAAGUGAACCUUGUAUCCCUCAUUAGUCGGAAACGAAGAUCAUCGUACGUAAAGAUAGUAAGUAAGCAGAAGGUCGGAAUUUUCCUCACGAUAUGGGUCCGUCGGAGUUUGCGCCGGCAUAUUUAUAAUCUGAAGGUGUCCACUGUCGGUGUUGGUGUCUUGGGCUACAUUGGUAACAAGGGAUCAGUAUCAGUGAGCAUGUCCAUAUAUCAAACACUGUUUUGUUUCAUAUGUACUCACCUGACAGCUGGAGAAAAACAAGGAGACGAACUUAAAAGAAACGCUGAUGUGCAUGACAUCCUAAGACGUACCCUUUUUCAUUCCUAUUCUACAUUUGGACUUCCCAGAGGUAUUCAUGAUCACGAAAGAAUAAUUUGGUUGGGUGAUUUAAAUUACCGUAUCAACCUAUCAUAUGAUGAAACAUGCGAUCUCAUCUCCAACAAAAAGUGGUCCGAGUUAAUAGAGCGAGAUCAGCUUGUCCAAGAGCUGCAGAAAGGUGGAACAUUCGAGGGAUGGUCCGAGGGUGUACUGGAUUUUGCACCAACAUACAAAUAUGAGGUAAAUUCAGAGAAAUAUUAUGGAGAGGAUCCUAAGAUUGGGCGGCGAACUCCUUCAUGGUGUGAUCGCAUUCUUUCGUACGGUAAAGGAAUGAGGCAACAAAGCUACGGUCGGACCGAGCUUAAAAUUUCAGAUCAUCGCCCUGUUACCGCGACGUAUAUGGCCGAGGUUGAGGUAUUUGAUUCGAGGAGACUGCAGCGUGCUCUCACGUAUACCGAUGCUGAAAUCAAGAACGAGGGAGAUGCCGCUGAGGGUAUCCAGAGACUGAUGUCGAAACCAGUCCGUUGAGAUGGAUUUGUUAUGUUUUUGAUCAAGGAGCAUAGAUCAAUCUCUGUUUCUGAAAGAAGCAUUGAUCGAUGUAUAGGUCGAGUUGUGGUUAAUAUUCUUUUUAACAUUGAGAAUUGGAACCUCUAUAGGGAUUAGGGAUGUGAGAGAUGAAGUUGGAGCUUGAUUUAAAAUAAAAGUUAAAAGAGCUUGUUCAGUAAACCAUGUUUACUGAUUAUAAGAUUAUUUCGGUUCAUUUUACUUCAGUUUGAGAUUAAAAAAAUAAAUUAAACUAGUCAAUUUAAG